CUUGGGACUGAUCUUCUUCAGAGGCUUAUGACUUCUCUGUUUUUUGUUUUUGUUUUGUUUUGUUAAUGAGAGAAGGAUCUGAGAAAUGGUUCUCAGAGAUGUUGGAAAUGGCUUUGCAAGUGCAUUGGGAUUUCAGGAGAGAGUGUGGCUACAGAAAUCCACCUUCUAGUCCUGUGAGAUUGGUAUCAAUGGACUGGAAAAAAGGAACUGUUUAAAGCAGAUAUGAGAGUUGGCCAGCAGCCCUGGAGGAAAGGCUGGGAUCCAGGAAAUGACAUAUAUGAUCGAUACUCCCCAUACCCUUGAUAGACAACUACUGUCCUGUUUGUGGACUUCAUAUAAAUGAGAUCAUAUAAUAGGUCACUGGAAGGACUGAGCGCGUUCGGGAGCCUGGAGGAACUCAUCCUGGACAACAAUCUGCUCGGGAACGACCUCGUGUUGCCAGGGUUACCCAGGCUCCAUACCUUAACCCUCAACAAGAACCAGAUCACUGACUUGGAGAGUCUGCUUGAUCACCUGGCAGAAGUGACACCAGCUUUGGAGUACCUCAGCCUGCUGGGUAAUGUGGCAUGUCCCAAUGAGCUGAUUAGCCUGGAAAAGGAUGAGGAGGACUACAAAAGAUACAGGUACUUCGUUCUGCACAAGCUGCCCAAUUUGAAGUUUCUGGAUGCCCGGAAAGUAACCAGGCAAGAACGAGAGGAAGCUUUGGUCAGAGGGUCAUUCAUGAAGGUGGUGAAGCCCAAGGCUUCCAGUGACCACGUCGAGGCCUCUCCAGAGCACCACUAUACACCCCUUCCUUCUGCUUCCAGGGAUCUCACCAAUCACCGAGGUGUCCUGGGAAAGUGUCGCUAUGUUUACUAUGGGAAAAACUCAGAGGGCAACAGGUUUAUCCGAGAUGACCAGCUCUGAUGGCAAGUUCCGAAUGCUUUAGCCUGUGUCAUGAGAAUAAAAGAUAAAGGGAAAGUAAAAAUAAAGAAAACACUGAAGGAAAAAACAAUGGCCCAUAUCGAAUCUCUGUGGGAAGGCUGUGACUUCAGCUCUUGGUACCUUCUGCUGACUUUGCCAGGCCUGUCAAGAUCAUCCUUCUGCCUUAGACUGAGUGGUCGCAUAGAGAUUGACAUGAUUGCCCUUAAGCAGGUCUCAUCCACUAGGGUGACAGACAGCGGCGGCGAAGCACCAGGGCUGACAGGAGGAACACCAUGAUAGAUUGCCUGGUCCCUCCACUGCUCACAGGGGAGCAGAGGUCACACCUGGGGCCUCCCUGAGCAUGCUCACUGGCCGUAGUCAAGCAAGAGAGACUGUGUCUUCAGCUUGCCUAUUGAGUAGAGAUCCCUGUGAUACCAUUGUGCUGUGGGUUUAUUUUUAGUGAAAUCAUCGUAGUUUGGAAGAAGGCCACCCUCCCUUAUUCACCUUGAAUUUUAAUCCCUCAUUUUCUGCACACACCCACACAUACACACACAGCACAUACCUUUCUUUAGCAUCGUUAUUUCAUGUAGUACAUUUUGGCUUGCAGUUUUUCAGAGAACUGAAGCUAUGUGUUCUCAGCCAGGUCAUACAUUUAUGGCUGGCUUUGUGUUCUUACAACUGGAGUAAAUAGCUUUCCUUAAAUCCCUAACUACAAAAGCAUGGACUCUAUCUUGUUUUGUACAUUCCUAAAUCCACUUCUUGCCCUGAAUACCAGGCAAUGUCAGGUAUCGUUCCUGGCACCAAGUUCUGGUUCCACCAAGGACUCUGAUUUAUGUAUGUAUGUAUGUAUGUGUGUGUGUAUAUAUAUAUAUGUAUGUAUGUUUUUUUUAACCACACACACAUCCAGCUAUGCCUGUGGCCGUAUUUGUAGUUUGGAGCUGGCUUGCUCCUUUAGGUGCUGUUUCAAAGUAGUGAGGUGAUGAAAACAGAGUCAUGGGUCAGGAAGUUAAAAAAGAAAGUGAGAACUAUAGAAAACACCCACCAGACCAAACAGUUUUUAGCAGAAGGCACAAACCCUUGGAGUUUGUAUCUUCUGCAGUACCUCUCAGAACUGAAAUCCAUAGCUCACAAGAUUGUCUUUGUGUGCCUUUGGCUAUAUUCCAGCAUCAUUACAAGGAAAGUAAGCACAAUCAUACUAGUAAGGUGGCUAUCAUUUCAUUUAACGGAUUGAUACACCAGUAAAAUCACUCCAGAAGAUAUGUGAAAGGCUGGUUGCUCUUGACACAAUCACAUUUAUUUUUGCUUCCUCUGUUUAGACCAGGUGUUCAUCUGCUUGGAUCUCCCAGUGUUAGGUUAGAUUGAGGACAACAGAACUUGAAAGAGAACGCUUCCAAGUUAUAGGUACCACAUAACUAGAGAGUCACUACUGUAAAAGUCUUUUGGUAUUCAAAAUCCCUGAGGACCCAAGAAGAAUCCACUUUCUCAGUUCUAGACCAUUUGUGUGGCCACUGGGCUCCUGAGUCAACUUAGUCCUUGAAUGACUUGCAAGAAGGCUGGCAGGAAUCCCUCUUGUAGGUUUUGCAAGUUAAUCAGUUACUGAGACAAAUUUUGAUCAAAAUCCUUGAGGCCACUAAUAAUUCAAGGAUAUUAAAGAUUUGCCUUUAUCUCUCAAAUUCAUUAAUAACCAGAGCUGAGUACCUUUUCACUAUUUGAUCUAUGGAACAGCAUUGGGAUAAUGCUUUAAAUUAGCUGCAUGAAGUCCCACCCUGGUUCUUUGUUUAGAAGCACUAACACGUGUUUUGUCCAUGGCAUAUUAUGGGCAGCCAGAUUUUGGUGCAAGGGCAGCUAGACUAGUCCAAUGUCAUAUUUAAUCUAGCGGCACAUAUAUCCUUGUCUUUAUAAAAGGCUUUAACCCUGCCUCAAACAAUAAAAAAGCACUUGUGAACUGACCACAGAAUUUUUCCAUCUUUAUUUUUCUUACUUGUUUACUUUUCUUAAUGUCAGAACCAUUUGUAUCAUGCACAGGAAUGUCUCCCUCAAUGUGAGCUUUGGAGGCAAAAAAAUAUUUUUGGAGUGAGUUAUUGACCACAUUGUUUCCUUCUCUUUGGGUUGUUUAUUUUCUUCCAAAAUGGUGUAAUAACUUUAAUUAAAAUUAGCUUUAAUUAUAAUUUACGUAAAGGCCAUCACUAUGGUAUAUUCUUCUUAAUGAUAGAAUUGUUAUGAGUUUUGUUUCUCUUAAAAAGGGAUAAUGAUAAUGAAUCAGUGUUGGGUUGUUUACAGUUCCAAGAUUUGCUGUGCUACAGCUAGAUUUUGGUCUGAAUUGGUAGAGGAGGAAGUGAUGUUGCAUGCUUAAAUCUAUAAGAAUUUCCCAAACCUUGUUUUUUAAAGUAGAAAAUUAGAAGGUAAUGAAUUCAAAGCUCAGAAUUCUUUUAUGCCCCCAAUUUCCCCUUGCUCCUUCUGCCUUUUACUCUAUUCCAAUGAGCUUUCUCUUAGGAGAUCACGGUAUCUGACAUCUCUGUAUCCUCUCUCCCAGGACACCGAUUUGCUGUGAGUGCCCCUGCAGUAGAAGGCCAUCCUGGAGUCUUCUGUUGCCUCUGCAAAGUCAGGGUGGACUGUCUUUUUCCUAAGUAAUGCAAUUUUAUAGAACAAUUUGUUCCUUGGGGAAUAAUGUUUUAGAUUGUGGGGAAUCCUAUUAAAAGUACAACUAUUACAAUAAUUUGCUUUCACUUUUACCAGCCUUGCUCAUAAACCCUCCAUCUGUUUGUUGCUUUAAAUAGAGGCACUUUAUAAGAGAUUAUCACUCGAUCAGGCGACAUGUCUGAAUGUUGUGCAUUUUCACAUAUUCACGUAUACUAAGGAAUAAAAGGAAGCAAACCAGAGAUUCUGGAUGAAA